AAUUCUGACGAUCCCGUACGAACGUGACAUUGUGUUGUGUCUGUAGCCAAUUGUGACGACCACAUAUCAAUGAUAUCCGUGUUAUAUUUAAAUUGAAAAUAUAUACAGUGAAGUGCAGUGAAAACAUGUGAACACUGUGCUUUACUGACGUUGGAUUGCGUUUACCUGUUCAUGUAGUGUCACAAUGGGAUGGAAGCGAUGACCCGGGCGGCGCUGGUUGCGCUCGCGCUUUUAGUGUUGGCGAAUUCCACUCGUGCGCAACUACGCCCGGCGGACGCGCCGCCCGCCCUCAACGAUACACGAUGCGGUUCAGAAUGCGUACGAUGCGCCGCAGAUGGGUGCGUGAAGUGUGCGCGCCUACUGGUCUGGCCAGGAGGCACUUGUGUCCACGACUGUCCUUCAGGCACCAGAGAGUCCUGGGCCCACGAUGACCACCUCAUGGGAAGAGUAUGCUACCCGGCUCACACUUAUAAUGAGAUUCUGGUGGGCGGUGCAUGUGGUGCCGUCGCAUGCCUAGCGCUAGUGGCGGCUGGUGCUGCGUACGCAUGUUGCCGCAACAAGUCGCGUGCGCAGGCGCAGCCGCUCCCGCAGCGCACGCACCACGACGACGACACGCGGUUACGAGAAUUCCAUAAACAGCUUGACUGUUUACGUCCUCACGCCUACACACUGCUAGCGAUACUAAAUCACACUCGGAACCAGGUACGAGAGCUAUACCAACUAGGCAACAACGACGCUGCUAUGGCUUACAGUUGCGUGCUCAGCGACCUGGCGAAGCUCCUUAUCCUGCUGAACAAGCAGCAAGUGCCUGUAGUUCCAGAUGAAUGGCCGCGCCUCGCCAGCUGGGCUGAAAGGAUUUUGAAAAGAUACAGCCGCAUGGAUCUCACCCAACAACAAGAGGGACAACUCGUCAACUUUCUCAACUCCCCACCGAGUCAAGGCUCUGACUCUGAAACGACUCAGCAGUCAUUUUCCACAUUCAAACCUCCCUCAUACUCGCCUACUUCUUACGAUAGUAAUCUAGAUAAAGAAUCUGAAAGCCAGUGCGAAUGGAGCGACAUGAGACCUCCAAGUUACUCCCACAUAGAGAGAGAAAGGGAAAGGCAGAGAGAAACUAUUGUACUCACUGACCCUUGGGAGAGAAGGCCGAUUGUAAGAAGAGAAAGCGUGUGGCUCGAGGAUGAGCUGUUUGAAAUGACCAGGCAACCACAGGACGAGCUCACUACCGAACUUUAGAAUACAUUAGAUUAUAAGUUUUAACAUCAUAGGCACCUAUAAGAUACUUACUUUGAACCUUUCGUACAUUUUGUUUAGAAGACAUUUAAACCUAGUAGGUUUAUUUUUUGACUUCAAAAUUAAAACCCAAGUCGGCAAUGGUGCUGUAGUGUUGUCGUACAAAAUUCUCUUACUUAUACUACAUUAAAUCAACUUGUUUUAUUUGUAAGUAGAUUUAUUGCAUAGGUGGUACCUAAAACAAAUUAGAAAUAAGCUUAUUAAAUCGCAAAUAUAUACCUACCAUUCCGUACCUGUUAUAGGCAAAAAGAUAAAGCAUUUAGAUAUUAAUUAAUUUAGCAAAGUUACAUAGAAAUGUAAGUAUUUCUUGUUA